AUGAAACUUGCUUUUUAUUUGGCCAUCCUAGCUGGGACAGUUUUCUUCACUCACUCAACUGUGCAGAAAGAGGACUAUGCUCCUUAUAUAGCCUACCUCAAGUCUAACUUCAACCCCUGUGUGGGUGUCCUCAUCAAGGCCAGCUGGGUACUGGCUCCAUCUCACUGCUAUUUACCAAAUCUGAGGGUGAUGCUGGGAAAUUUCAAGAGCAGAGUCAGAGAUGGGACAGAGCAGACAAUUCAUCCCAUCCAGAUCAUCCGCUACUGGAACUUCAGCCACACUGCCCCGCAGGAUGACCUCAUGCUUAUUAGACUAGCUAAGCCUGCCACCUUCAACCACAAAGUCCAGGUCCUUCCCAUCGCCACCACCAAUGUCCGGCCAGGCACUGUCUGUACACUUUCAGGUUUGGACUGGAGUCAAGAAAACAUUGGCAGGCACCCUGACUUAAGGCAGAAUCUUGAGGCUCCGGUGAUGACUGACAAAGACUGCCAGAAAACUCAACAAGGAAGCAGCCAUAGAAACUCCUUAUGUGUGAAAUUCGUGAAAGUAUUCAGCCGAAUUUUUGGGGAGGUGGCUGUAGCUACUGUCAUUUGUAAAGGCAAGCUCCAGGGAAUUGAAGUUGGACACUUCAUGGGAGGGGACGUUGGCAUCUACACCAAUCUUUACACAUAUAUACCAUGGAUUGAGAAGACCAUCAAGGAAAAGUUGAAAUGA